AUGGAUUCUUCAUUCUGGACUGUGUGUUUGAUUCUAGCAUCACUUGUUUCUUCUUCAUUCUGUGCUCUUCCAAGGAAGCCCGUGGAUGUUCCAUUUGGCAGAAACUAUUACCCUACUUGGGCUUUUGAUCACAUCAAAUACUUCAAUGGUGGUUCUGAAAUUCAGCUUCAUCUUGAUAAGUCCACUGGUACUGGUUUUCAGUCCAAAGGAUCAUACUUGUUUGGUCAUUUCAGUAUGAACAUUAAGAUGGUUCCUGGUGAUUCGGCUGGAACAGUUACCGCUUUCUAUUUAUCUUCACAAAAUGCUGAGCAUGAUGAGAUAGAUUUUGAGUUCUUGGGGAACAGAACAGGACAACCUUACAUUUUGCAAACAAACGUGUUCACUGGUGGACAAGGUAACAAAGAACAAAGGAUCUAUCUCUGGUUUGAUCCUACAAAAGAAUUUCACAGAUACUCCAUUCUAUGGAACAUGUACCAGAUUGUUUUCUAUGUGGAUGAUGUUCCAAUAAGAGUGUUCAAAAACAGCAAGGAUUUAGGAGUGAAAUUCCCAUUUGACCAACCAAUGAAGAUAUACAACAGUUUAUGGAAUGCUGAUGAUUGGGCAACAAGGGGUGGAUUAGAGAAAACAGAUUGGUCAAAAGCACCAUUCAUAGCAGGAUACAAAAGUUUCCACAUAGAUGGAUGUGAAGCAUCAGUUAACUCAAAAUUCUGUGGAACACAAGGAAAGAGAUGGUGGGAUCAAGCAGAGUUUCGUGAUCUUGAUGCAGCUCAAUGGCGUAGCUUAAAGUGGGUGAGAGACAAAUACACCAUUUACAAUUACUGCACUGACCGAAAACGUUUGCCUCAAAUUCCCUCUGAAUGCAAAAGAGACGGUGACAUUUGA